AUAGAAGUUGGGAAGAAGAAGGGCAGAAUUUGGCCAAGUCAAAAUACGUGUUCAGGGUACAUACUUUGGAGGCAUGGUUCUCUAAAUGGCUCAGUGGAAAUUCCAGUUUAAGGGUUUGUUUUACAGACAAAGUUGCCAUGUUUCCAAUGGUAUGCUUUGUGGAUCCAGAAGAUGUGAUUAAGGUUGUUUUCCAAGGCCUCAAAGUUGCUACCUCAAAACUGGAAAACUACUAGAAAAUGACUAAGGCAGAAAACUGUUUUGUGAAGCCUACUUUGGAGCUUUAUUCGAGGAGUAUGGAUCUGAUUCAAGUCCAAAGGCUUCCACAACAUGAAAAUAAGUAUGUUUAUGUACAAAGGGAAGGAAUUGGAUGGAAGAUUGGAGUUCUGGAAGGCCUCGAACGAAAGGCGCGAAGUUAGUACGAAAGCUGCCUUUUGGACUAUUUGCUUGCAGCUUACUUGCGCUUGAAGAAAGGAGUUUAAACCCGAAUUUUGUGUCCUUUUUAGUCUAUAAUUUUACCUUAAUUGCUUCCUAGUUCUAUUAUGAUUGUAUUAGGUUUUAUUUGCCUUUAAAUAUUGUUCUAUUUCGUUGUAAAAUGAGAGUUGAUUGAAGAGAAAAGAAACCAUUUGGUUUUGCAAGUUUGCGAACUUGUUUUGGGUUUGGUGGAUUCCAAACUUGCUGAGCUUGUGUAUCGAUUGAAUAGUCACUUCAAUCGUGGUCGAGCAACUACCAUUCUAUACCAAUCGAGCAUUCCCCAGGUGUGGAAUCGUCCUUUUGGUUCCGUUUUAUCCAAGUUCGUAUUAAGAACGCUUUGUUCUUGAUUCGAGCUCAAUCGAUUCUUCGAUUGAAUAGUUAGCUGCGUGACUUUGAUAAUAUACACCCCCCAUGGGCGUAUUAAGUUUUAUAAGUCUUGUUAUCCUUUAAGGUUUUCUUUCAACGAAUUCUUCAUCCCCAAUUCAUAGACAUUCUCUUCCAUUCACCUCUAUUCUCUACCUUCAAAAACAACAUACACCAGAGUCUAGCUGCCAACUUUCUUUUCUGGCGGCUCCCCGCAACAUUGCCUCCAACUUCCACUCCGUCGUUGACACUCAAUACAACCACAAGCCCCAUCCUUACAACUCCCACUUAGGAAUGACAAUGGGCAGGUUGGGGGCAGGUAUCACGAUAUUCAUACCCGCCUCAUGGCAGGUCGGGUUUAGGUUGAGUAAUUUUAGGCAAGAACGGAUCGAGAAUGGGGCGGGUCAAGGUAGGUCAGGUCGAUGAGAGUACCCAUGCCCGUCCCACCCCACCUACGAAGCGGGUCAGACCCACCCAAAACAGGUCAAACAGGUUGGGUAAAGGUCGAAAUUGUCAUCCCUACUCCCACCCUACCCCUAUGGUUGUGCCACCAUCAAAGCUCACUUUCCUUCACUUUCCCACUCAUCUUCAUUUUCACUCGUUAGUUAAGUUUGCUGACAAACCUUCUAUUUUUUUUUUUUUUGACAAAGCUCACUUUCCUUCACCUUCCCACUCAUCUCCAUUUUCACUCGUAGUUAAGUUUGCUGACAAACCUUCUAACUUCAUCAGUUUUAUUGGUUUCCUCUUCCUUCAUUGAGAAAACCCGUCAUUUCCUCAGUUAUUUUUGGUGCAAUGGUACUCCAAUUCUUUUGGAAGAAAAGGGAUGGGAAGCCAUCAUCCCCUGGAGCUUUGGUUGCUCCCAUCUGGAACAAAGCAGCUUGGAUUUCUUCCGCAGUAAAAGGCCUGAGAAGUUUAUGAUUCAUCUCAUCAGUUACUUGUUGGUGCUUUCAGAAAAAAGUAAGAAGAGGAAACCAAUAAAACUGAUGAAGUUAGAAGGUUUAUCAGCAAACUUAACUACGAGUGAAAAUGGAGAUGAGUGAAAAUGAAGCUUGCCUGUUGAGCUUAACAGAAAUCUUAUUGUGCUGAUUCCAAAGGUAAAAAACCCUACCUCCCCCAAAGAAUAUAGAACGAUUAGCUUGUGUUUUGUUCUGUAUAAGAUUCUAUCAAAGACUAUUGCUAACCGGAUGAAAGAAGUGUUGAAUGAUCUUAUAUGUGAAGCACAGAGUGCCUUUGUCCCUAGAAGAUCAAUCACUGACAAUGUGAUAGCUUCCUUUGAGUGUUUCUCUACUAUGAAGAAUAAAAACAAAGGUGAUAAAGGUUCCCUAGCUCUCAAACUGGAUAUGUCUAAGGCAUACCACCGUGUUGAAUGAAUUUUUCUUGAAAGAGUCAUGGCAAAACUGAGGUUUGAUGAUAAAUGGAUCAAGCUUGUUAUGAACUGUGUCUCAUAUGUGUCUUAUGCAGUGUUGGUUAAUUGUCACAAAUCCAGCUUCUUCAAUCCUGGAAGGGGGUUGAGACAAGGGGAUCCCCUCUCCCCAUAUUUAUUUCUGCUCUGUGCUGAAGGCUUAUUAGCUCUGAUCAACAAGAAUGAGAAGGAAAGGAGAAUUCAUGGUCUGAAAAUAUGCAAUAGGGCUCCAGUUGUCUCCCAUUUGCUUUUUGCGGAUGACUGCACAAUCUUUGCUAGAGCCACGGUGGAAGAAGCUAAGAAGAAUUGCUUGGAGAUUAUGAGAAAGAAUCUGGACAAAUGGUGAAUUUGGAAAAGUCAGAGAUUUAUUUCAGCAAGAAUACUUUGAGUAAUAGAAGACAAGAGAUCUGCCAAGAGUUAAACAUCAAGGAAGUGGACAAAUUAGCAAAAUACCUUGGCCUACCUACAAUGGUGGGGAGAUCAAAGAAGCUGGUGUUCAGCAAUCUCAGAUAUAGGGUGAGGAACAAGCUUAUGAAUUGGAAAAAUAGGGGUUUUCUUAGAAGCAGGGAAAGAAGUUCUGAUCAAGAGUAUUGCUCAGGCCCAAAUGACCUACGCUAUGUCUGUGUUUAGGAUCCCUGAUGGAAUUAUAGAUGAUAUUCAUAGCUUGAUAGCUAAUUUCUGGUGGGGGCAGAAAGGGAAUGAAAGAAGAAUUCAUUGGAGGCGAUGGGAGAAGCUGUGUAAAAAGAAGAAUCAAUGAGGAAUGGGAUUCAGGAACCUUAAAGUGUCUAACACUGCUAUUCUGGCAAAACAACUAUGGAAUCUGAACCUCAACUCUCAGUCUCUGGUUGCAAGAUUACUAAAGGCAAAAUAUCAUCCUAAGUGCAAUAUUUUGGAAGCAAAAAUGGGCUGGAGACCAAGCUACGUUUGGAGGAGCCUGAUGGGAGCUCAAGACUUAUUAAAAUCAGGUUGCAGAUGGAGGAUUGGUUGGGGUGAAGAGGUUCAUAUUUGGAAAGACAGAUGGAUUCUGAGGCUUGACAAUUUCCAGGUUUUCUCUUAUAUCCCUUUCCUUGAAUGGGACUCAAAAGUCUCUUGCCUCAUCGACCAAGAAACUAGAACCUGGAGGAGAGACUUGAUUGAGAUUAUGUUUACACAGGGGGGGAGGAGGAGGAGCUGGAAGGGAGUGAUAAUGAACAGGAGAUGAAUGUUGGAUGGAGAAAACUCUGGAAGCUAAAUGUCCCAGGGAAAAUCAAGGUUUUCCUGUGGAAGGUGGCCCAUAAUAUUGUUCCAGUUGGUGUUAAGAUUAGGAAAAAAAGCAUCAGAAGAGGGUAUGAAUGCCCAAACUGUGGAAUGAAGGAAACGUUAAAACAAUGUCUUGUGAACUGCAGCUGGGAAGAAUCUAGCCAAAAACUCCUGUUGCAAACCUGUUCUAUAUGGCUGAUUCCCUCCCCUGCAAAGAAUGGAUUUUCAAGGUGAUUAAGGAAGCGAAAGAAGGGGAGAUUGAAAGAUUUUGCUCUCUGUUAUGGUUCUUCUGGAAAGAGAGAAACAACUGCUUGUUUAAUAGCAAAAUGCUACAAGAUAGGGAAGUGUUUACAAAGGUUGAUGAUUUUAUACAAGACUAUAUUGAUGUUUAGGGAAAAGAAAAUAACUGUCAGAACAGAAGCAUGCAAUCGAUAAUCCAAACCAACACGAACGAACACAAAUUUAACGUGGUUCACUAACACAAUGUGUGCUAGCUAAUCCACGGGCAGGAGGGACAAAUUUCACUAAUUUGAGGAGAGUACAGGUUACAAACCAAAUUCCAAACGAACAAACCAAACAAACUAACCUGACUGACCUUCCUACAGACUAGGGUGAUGAAGAGUAUUUAUAGAACUCUUCUCCUAAUCCCAAACAGAAAACCAAACACCUUUUCCCAAACAUACAAGGAAAAAGGCCAAACCCAAACCCAAACAGAAUAGGCCCAAAACACAAAACAAACUCAAAUUAAAUUCAAGUCAUAUUCUAACAAUCUCCACCUUGACUUGAAUUCUCUCUCAAAUACCAGAUGUACCAGACGCAACCAAAGUUGCCAGAUGUGAUCGAAAUCACCAAACUCAAACGCGAUGCAAAUCGCCAAACUUAGAUGCAAUCAAGAUUGUCAGACGUACCAAACUCCUCUAAAUCAGUUGUACCAUAAUAUCCCCUGCCUCCCGAUGCCCCUAAGAGCGGUCAACAAAUCAAAACAUGCAGCAAGCCCAACCCAUGUUGGGACUUGCCAUUCAGAACCAGCUUCGUGUUAUUUCCGUCCAUAACACCAACAUCAAAUUUACUGCUAACUCCAAGCCUGCAACUCCAAAUUGACUUCUCGAUCUUGAUACUGAUAGUAGCCAUUCUUAGUAUCAAACUAACUCCAACCAAACUUCUCACCAAACAAGCGAGACCAAAACACAACUACCCAAAGUCAACUUCAAAGCAAUUCCUCCACCAAACAAAACUGAAGAAUUGAAAGCUACCUCCACAAAGCAAAACUUCAGUCCAACGCCUAAUUUCCAAAACCGCAACCAGGCUCUGAUACCACUUGUCAGAACAGAAGCGUGCAAUCGAUAAUCCAAACCAACACGAACGAACACAAAUUUAACGUGGUUCACUAACACAAUGUGUGCUAGCUAAUCCACGGGCAGGAGGGACAAAUUUCACUAAUUUGAGGAGAGUACAGGUUACAAACCAAAUUCCAAACGGACAAACCAAACAAACUAACCUAACUGACCUUCCUACAGACUAGGGUGAUGAAGAGUAUUUAUAGAACUCUUCUCCUAAUCCCAAACAGAAAACCAAACACCUUUUCCCAAACAUACAAGGAAAAAGGCCAAACCCAAACCCAAACAGAAUAGGCCCAAAACACAAAACAAAAUCAAAUUAAAUUCAAGUCAUAUUCUAACAAUAACAGAAGGGGAGGAACUGACAGAAGGAACUGCAGGUGGGAGAAGCCACCGGAAGGAACCUACAAACUAAAUACUGACGCAGGCUGCAGUGGUAAAGAAGAGGUGGGAAUGUGUUUCAUAAUCAGAGACUGGAAUGGUAAGGUGAUGCUAGCUGGGAGCAGAACACUCAAAGCAAGCUGGUCUCCUGAGAUUGCGGAAGGAAUGGCGAUGCAGUAUGGAUUAAAGGAAGCUAGAGAAAAAGGGUUAAGGGUCAUUCAGGUCGAGUCAGAUUGCUAGAGGCUGAUCGACUUUCUGAAAGGGAAAGAGGACAGCAGAACUGAGAUUGAUAGUGUUUGCAGAAGCUUAGUUUUGAUUGGCUUGGAUGUUGGUGUUGUUGAGUGGAGAUUUGUUUACAGGGAAGCAAAUGGGGCUUCCCACCUGUUAGCACAUUUCUUUCCUUUUAACGUCAUUAGAGACAGAGUAUGGCAGGGUAGUGUUCCUGGCCAAAUUGUUGAUGUUAUUGUCGCUGAGGCUGAUGUGUGAUUUCAAUGAAAUCUUGUUAUUCCU